UAUUAUUACUAACGGAAGUCCUAGAACAAAAGCUAUUGAGUUAGCUACGGUAAGAGUGUAAACUAAGAAUGGACAGAGUGGUAUUUUGGAUCUUAUCAGCGGUCAUACCGCCGGUCUUGGGUCUCUAUCACCUCUAUUCUUGUUCUGAUUCGCGAAGGCGUUACUUGGCACUCUGUCCUAUCUUUUUGGUUUCCACUGCAGCUGUAUGUAACAAUCUUUAUCAUUUCACUUUCAACCAUGAAGACUACAAUCAAGAGUGGCCAGCGAAGUUUGCUUCCGCACACAAUGCUUGCUUGGGAGUCAUACUAACAUGGGCAAUGACUGUAAGAUGGUCACUACCAUGCCAUGCUCUCAGGAAAUGCAGGUUAUACGUUCUGAUGGCAUGGGCAAUUAUUAAACAUCUGUCACUCCUACCUCAGCGCAAGUUCGAUUAUGCGUUCAGAAUUACGAUUUGGGUUAUCGUUCUUGUCGUGGCACUUGUCUCUGGAGUCUGGAUAUACCUAAAUUUAUCACCAGCUUUAGGAGAAGAACUACUUUCUUGCAGUUGGUGGGACAUUUUCCAUAUUGUUGUUGUUGCGUCUUUGCUCUGGUUUGAACUCGAGAUAACUGAAAAUGGUGACAUGAUUCUAAAUGUCAUACAUGCGUAUACUGCUGGUGGUCUUCUCUGUUUGGUCGUUGGUUACAUGCUACCUCAAAUCUAUCGGUUUUUUCAGUGUAUCAAGGUUGUGCUGUUCUCAAUUGCUGCACUGAAGCAAAUAGAUGUACUGACAAUUGAACUCAGUCAGUUUGAGUUAGACAAAGUUGUAACAACGUCAUCGUAACUCAUUUAGCAUUGCUAUUAUACUUGUUGCAUUCUAAAACCUCGAUCUAUGUACACUUUAGCUAUACAAAAAUUUGAACAUUUGUUUUCCAAGUGCUAGCACAAAUGAUAUAACUA